CUCUUGGGUUAUUUCGUGUUAGUUCUGCUUGGUCACACUGGCCAUAACAAUAAUAAAUGAACAUAAAAUGUUGCAACGCGUUCAACCAAGAGUAGAAAAUCCACGUUAUGGUCAGCUAAUAAUUGGUCCACCUGGUUCUGGGAAGACUACCUACUGUAACGAGGCCUAUAAAUUCUAUAAAGAGUUGGGACGGCAAGUGGGCGUCGUCAAUUUGGAUCCAGGCAAUGACAACAUGUCCUAUCAGCCGGUAGUCAACGUAAUGGAGCUCAUUACUGUUGAAGAUUGUAUGGAGCACUUGCAGCUGGGACCGAACGGAGCACUCAUGCACUGUGCGGAGUACCUGGAACAGCAUUUCGAAGAUUGGCUGCUGCCGGCACUUAGAAAACUGAGCGCAACGCAUAAUUACUUUCUCUUCGACUGUCCUGGACAAGUGGAGCUAUACACUCACCACAAUGCCAUGGCGCGAGUCUUUGAACGCCUAGAACAAGAGCGCUACAACUUGGUAACAGUCAAUCUUAUCGACUCGCACUAUUGCUCAGAGCCAGCUAAGUUCAUAGCCACGCUGCUGAUGGCGCUGAAUGCGAUGAUGCGAAUGAGCUUACCCCAUGUAAAUGUGUUAUCCAAAGCGGAUCUGCUACGUAAACAUGAAUCGAAGCUUCAUUUCAACGUUGACUACUACACUGAUGUGCUUGAUCUGAAAUAUUUACUAGAGAAACUCGACGAUGACCCCACUAUGCGCAAGUAUCAGAAGCUAAACGAAGCCAUUUGCUCCAUGGUGGAGGAUUAUGCGCUGGUUUCCUUUAAAUUGCUGGAUGCUUUCAGCACGGACAGCAUGCUCCGGCUUCGCAACCACAUUGACAAAGCAAAUGGCUAUGUCUAUAAAGCGGGCGAGGAGCAAACGGUUAACUCUCUGCUAGCCUGCGCUGUGGGCGCUGAAACCGAGGCAAUGCGUCAGCAGCGAGAUAUUGAACCCUAUACAAAACAGCAGUAGCAAACAGAUGUUUUUAAUAUAUGUAUAUAAUAUAGUUAUAUUUAUCUUAAUUUUGGAAAUUUUGUUUUAUCAACAUCCCGUCGCCAAAAUUUUGCCUCUAAAACUGAGCAAAUCGUUGUC